AUCUCUGUGACGCUAGGGGCUGGGCCUCGAUGGCGAAACCCAAGCGGCUCCCGGGGGGGUUUGAACUGGCCAAUGGGCGAGCUGCCGACCGGGUGUCGGAAAAGGAGGCGGAAGCGGGGAGGAGCCGCCGCCAGAGCCAGACUGCAUCCGCCGCGGCGUCUCCAUGGCACAACCCUGGCCUCCGACUUCAAAGACUACAUAAGGCGGCGUUUCUGGGCGCAGCCGUGUCGCUCCUGGUUUCCAUCGUGUGGGAAGAACGGAGUAACGAGUCUCACGCAGAAAAAGGUCUUGAGAGCACCUUGUGGCGCACCCAGUGUAACUGUGACGAAGCCAACCAUGAAGGACCGCUCUUCAACUCCCCCCUUACAUGUUCACGUGGAUGAGAACACCCCUGUCCACGUCCACAUAAAAAAACUCCCGAAACCAUCAGCGACCAGCAGCCAGAAAUCUCACAAGCGAGGAAUGAAAGGGGACACUGUGAAUGUGCGGCGGAGUGUCCGGGUGAAAACCAAGAAUCCACCUCAUUGCCUGGAGAUCACGCCACCAUCUUCAGAAAAGCUGGUCUCAGUGUUGCGGUUAAGUGACCUCUCUACAGAAGAUGAUGACUCAGGUCACUGUAAAAUGAACCGUUAUGAUAAGAAGAUUGAUAGUCUAAUGAAUGCGGUUGGUUGUCUGAAGUCUGAGGUCAAGAUGCAAAAAGGUGAGCGCCAGAUGGCCAAAAGGUUCCUGGAGGAACGGAAGGAAGAGCUGGAGGAGGUGGCCCACGAACUGGCCGAGACUGAGCACGAGAACACGGUGUUGAGGCACAACAUUGAGCGCAUGAAGGAGGAGAAGGACUUCACCAUACUUCAGAAGAAACACCUACAACAGGAGAAGGAGUGCCUCAUGUCCAAGCUGGUGGAGGCGGAAAUGGAUGGGGCUGCGGCUGCCAAGCAGGUCAUGGCCUUGAAGGAUACCAUCGGGAAGCUGAAAACGGAGAAACAAAUGACCUGCACGGACAUCAACACCCUGACAAGGCAGAAGGAACUUCUCCUGCAGAAGCUGAGCACAUUUGAGGAGACCAACCGCACCCUCCGAGACCUCCUGAGGGAACAGCACUGCAAAGAGGAUUCUGAAAGACUAAUGGAGCAACAAGGAGCACUGCUGAAACGGCUGGCGGAGGCUGACUCAGAGAAAGCGCGCCUGCUGUUACUGCUGCAAGACAAGGACAAGGAGGUGGAAGAGCUCCUUCAGGAAAUACAAUGUGAGAAGGCUCAAGCAAAGACAGCCUCUGAGCUUUCUAAAUCCAUGGAGUCCAUGCGUGGGCAUUUGCAGGCACAGCUUCGGUCCAAAGAGGCUGAGAACAGUCGCCUGUGCAUGCAGAUUAAGAAUCUGGAGCGCAGCGGGAAUCAGCAUAAGGCAGAAGUGGAGGCCAUCAUGGAGCAGCUGAAGGAGUUGAAGCAGAAGGGAGACCGAGACAAAGAGAGCUUGAAGAAGGCCAUCCGAGCCCAGAAGGAGCGAGCCGAGAAGAGCGAGGAAUAUGCUGAGCAGCUGCACGUGCAACUCGCCGACAAGGAUCUUUAUGUCGCAGAAGCUUUAUCCACUCUGGAGUCCUGGAGGAGCCGCUACAACCAAGUUGUAAAAGAAAAGGGAGACCUCGAGCUGGAAAUUAUUGUCCUGAAUGACCGGGUAACAGAUCUUGUAAACCAACAACAAACCCUGGAGGAGAAGAUGCGGGAAGACCGGGAUAGCCUGGUGGAGAGACUACACCGUCAGACUGCUGAGUAUUCUGCAUUCAAGCUGGAGAAUGAGAGGCUGAAGGCCAGCUUUGCUCCAAUGGAGGACAAACUCAACCAGGCACACCUCGAGGUCCAGCAGCUGAAGGCCUCAGUGAAGAACUAUGAGGGGAUGAUUGACAACUAUAAGAGUCAGGUGAUGAAGACCAGAUUGGAGGCUGAUGAAGUAGCUGCCCAGCUAGAACGCUGUGACAAAGAGAACAAGAUCCUUAAAGAUGAGAUGAACAAAGAGAUUGAGGCGGCACGAAGGCAGUUCCAGUCUCAGCUGGCUGACCUGCAGCAGCUCCCUGACAUCCUGAAGAUCACGGAGGCGAAGCUGGCUGAGUGCCAAGACCAACUGCAGGGCUAUGAGCGGAAGAACAUCGACCUCACAGCCAUCAUAUCAGACCUGCGCAGCCGGAUCGAACACCAGGGGGACAAGCUGGAGAUGGCAAGAGAGAAACAUCAGGCUUCCCAGAAGGAAAAUAAACAGCUGAGUCUGAAGGUGGAUGAACUGGAGAGGUUAGAGGCACUUGGUCCCAUCUCUGUCCUCUUCCUAGGACCUGAGACUUUCAGCCACUUAGCUGUUUUUUGCUUAGUGUGCGGAAGUGUUGAGGGACUCGAGGCCCUGGAAGGUACUAGGCAGACCUCAGAGGAAAAGCUGCUUCCAUUUCAGUGGAAACUGGAGGCGACCAGUGCCCAGAAUAUCGAGUUCCUACAGGUGAUUGCCAAGAGGGAGGAGGCAAUCCACCAGUCCCAGCUGCGGCUGGAGGAGAAAACACGGGAAUGUGGGACCCUGGCAAGGCAGUUGGAGAGCGCCAUUGAAGAUGCGAGGAGGCAGGUGGAACAAACCAAGGAGCACGCACUCUCCAAGGAGCGAGCAGCCCAGAACAAAAUCCUGGACCUUGAGACCCAGCUGAGCAGAACCAAAACGGAACUGAGCCAGCUGCGGCGGAGCCGUGAUGAUGCGGACCGCCGCUACCAGAGCCGGCUGCAAGACCUGAAAGAUCGCCUGGAGCAGUCCGAGAGCACCAACCGCAGCAUGCAGAACUACGUCCAGUUCCUCAAAUCAUCAUACGCCAACGUGUUUGGGGAUGGUCCCUAUUCCACCUUCCUGACCAGCUCUCCCAUCCGCUCCCGAUCUCCUCCUGCCUGAGGCCACCUAUCGGGGCCUGGAGCCCUGAUGGAAGCCAUAGGAACUCCAGAGUUGCCAAGCCAUAGCUGAGAAGCCUGGUGGUUUUCCUCUCCCAGUGAUAAAAUGGGUUCAGGGUCUUGUCCUUAGCUACUAGCUCUAGAAAAGUCCCAAAAGCAGCAGAAGGUGAAGCAGGAAGCACUUGGUUUUCUCCUUCCUGAUAUAGUCACCUGUUGGAAGUGUUAAAAUUUCCUCGACAGGCCUUAAAUUUACUACUACAUUAGGGUACCACAUUUUAACUUACCAUGACUUCGCUCCUUCCUUUCCUGAGAAAAUAUUUCCACUGGAUUUUUUCCACCAGUCCCCUUACAGCCCUCAUUGUUUUAGGAAUCUCUCUCAGGUUUUUUCUGACCUAAACCAGCAGGAAGUCGUCCUGGGCUGUAAGCACCAUCACUUGCUUUUUUUUUUUCUGAUUUCACAAGUGUGGUGUUUUCCCAAGGCUCCCUUCCCAAGCUCAGUGCAAACCUCUCACUCCCAAGUUUCUUUGAGGCCACUUGCCCCCAAGCACUUCACAAUAGACCCUCGAGGGCUUGUGUCCAUUUGGCCUUUUACAAGUGUAAUGCCAAUUUCAUUGAUUUUUGUUUCUUUUUGCCUGAUUUGUAUCUCCGGAAUGCAUUUAUUCUUGAAAUAUUUGUGUGAUUUUACGAAAAGCUUUUGUAAUCAGUUA